CUCCUCCACCAAUAAAGGUAGAUAACACAGUGACCCCCCAAGACAAAGCAGCACCCUCUCCCUCUCUCUCUUGAUAAUUAACUUAGCUCUUCAAACCUUGUUCCAAUCUUCCUCUCUUACAUGUACACACCAAUGGCUUCUAUGAGAGAUGAAUCCAUUAAAAGUGAAUUCAACCCAACGGAGAGCGUUACCAUGUCAGAUGCUCCCACGAAGCAAAAAGUCAACAAAGGAGCUUGGACAGCAGAGGAAGAUAGAAAAUUGGCUGAGGUUAUUGCAACCCAUGGUGCCAAAAGAUGGAAAGCAAUUGCAGCAAAAGCAGGAUUGAAUAGGUGUGGGAAAAGUUGCAGGCUCAGAUGGAUGAAUUAUCUAAGGCCUAACAUCAAAAGAGGCAAUAUUUCCGACCAAGAAGAGGACUUGAUACUUAGACUUCAUAAACUCUUAGGAAACAGAUGGUCUUUGAUUGCUGGAAGAUUACCUGGUAGAACAGACAAUGAGAUAAAGAACUACUGGAAUUCUCAUUUGAGCAAGAAAAUAAACCAGAAAGAGAAACAAAGUGGCGCUUCAAAAAGAGAAGGCUCUGAAGUUCAGAUUCAGAAUAGAAAUGUAACAGAGAUUAAUGCCAAUAUAGAAGUAAGGGAAGAACAGAUUACAUCAAAUAAAUAUGUUGAGGACUCGAAAAUCAGCUUUGAUGUCGAUGAGUUCUUCGACUUUUCUAAUGAAGAUCCUCUCAACUUGGAGUGGAUGAGCAAAUUUUUUGAAGCUUGAACAACUGCAAGCUUUUUCUCUUCUCUCUAUCUUCUUGAAUUUGGUCCUAAUAUCUCUGUGUAUGUGAAAUAAUAAAUUUCAGAGAACCAGUUAUCUGUUCAUAAUCAAGGGUUCUUGUUUUU